AUGGCCAAGAUAGUAGGUAAACACAUCAAGCACAGCGCCAACACCGAAAUCGUGCUGAAAAUCGAAAGGGAAACCACCUUUCUAGUGAAGUCUUCCACUCCGUUCAUCUCAGCGUUGAAGAGGAUCAUCAAAAUCUUGGACAAGUUUGACAAGGCAAGCAAGUCCAACCGCAGAUUCAAGAGUGGAGCCUACAACAAUGUCAAGUAUGUGAAGAUCAAAGGAAUGGGGAGAGCCAUAGAGAAAACUCUUUCGUUAGGGUUGAAAUUCCAGAAUGAGUUGAUGUACAAGACCGAUGUGCUUACUGGCAGUGUGGAAGUGGUGGACGAGUUCAAGGUGGGAGGAGCAGAAAUCGAAGAAAAUAAGGAAAGGAAGGACGAAGAGGAGGAUGAGCUCGACGAUGAAGACAAGGAGUCGGUGUUCAAGAAGAGAAUGGCGAGCUUUGUGGAGAUUAGGGUGUGGAUCAAGAGAGAUUAA